GCCAAUUCAAACAGAUUUAAGGACAAACAAAAUCAAAGUCUUCAUGAGAGUGCGGAUUGGAUUCAUACUGACUUUUUUUAAAUUAUUUUUUUUAUUUUUGUGCUUUGCCUGGUUUGUUUUCAGCUUCACUCAUUUUGAAAAUGGCUUCUCAAUCUGAAGAGGAUUUUUCCUGUCCCAUCUGCCACGACAUCUUCAAAGAUCCUGUCGUCCUGACGUGCAGCCACAGCUUCUGUAAAGCCUGUCUGCAGACAUGGUGGAGAGAGAAGCAAACACAGCAGUGUGCAAUUUGUAAGAGAAGAUCAUCAAGGAGCAAUCCACCUCGUAACUUGGCUUUAAAGAACCUGUGUGAGGCUUUUUCACUGAAACAAGAUCAGAGAGCUGCUGCAGGAUCCGAGGCUCUCUGCAGUCUGCACUCUGAGAAACUGAAACUCUUCUGUCUGGAUCAUCAGCAGCCGGUGUGCGUCGUCUGCAGAGACUCAAAAAUACACAACAAGCACAAAUUCAGACCCACUGAUGAAGCUGCUCAGGAUCACAGAGAGGAGCUCCAGAAAUCUCUGAAACCCAUAAAGGAGAAACUAAAGCUAUUUAAAAAAGUUAAAGGAAACUAUGAUCAAACAGCAGAACACAUUAAAGGCCAGGCUCUACACACAGAGCGGCAGAUAAAGGAGCAGUUUAAGAAGCUUCAACAGUUUCUACAAGAGGAAGAGGAGGCCAGGAUCACUGCUCUGAGGGAGGAAGAGGAGCAGAAGAGUCAGAGGAUGAAGGACAAGACUGAAGCUCUGAGCAGAGAGAUAGCAUCUCUGUCAGAUACAAUCAGAGCCACAGAGGAGGAGCUGAGAGCUGAAGACGUCUCAUUCCUGCAGAACUACAAGGCUGCAGUGGAAAGAGUCCAGCAGCGCCCCCUGCUGGAUGAUCCACAGCUGCACUCAGGAGCUCUGAUAGAUGUGGCCAAACAUCUGGGCAACCUGAGCUUCAACAUCUGGAACAAGAUGAAGAGGAUGGUCUCCAACACUCCUGUGACUCUGGAUCCAAACACUGCUUAUUGCAGACUAAUCCUGUCUGAAGAUCUGACCAGCGUGACUCAUGGUGAGAAACAGCAGCUUCCUGAAAACCCAGAGAGGUUUGAUUCUUUCACCGCUGUUCUGGGCUCUGAGGGCUUUAUUUCAGGGACUCACAGCUGGGAUGUUGAUGUUGGAGACAGUUCAAACUGGUCUCUGGGAGUGACAGCAAAGUCUGUCAAGAGGAAAGGAAAAAUCCAAUCUAAGCUAUUGGGAAUCGAAUUUGCUAACGAUGAAUAUAAAACUGUCUCUCUGCCAGCAAAGUCAAAAGUUCUCGUAGUGGAGGAGAAACUUGAGCAGAUCAGAGUCAGUUUGGACUGUGACAAACAGAAGCUGUCCUUCUCUGAUCCUUACACUGACAUACGCAUACGCUCAAUCAGGUAUGACUUCAAUGGGAAGCUGUUUCCAUACAUCAACAAUAGAGAUAAAGUCCCAAUAAAGAUUUUGCCAGAUGAUUAUGAUGAUGAUGAUGAUGAUGACGAUGAUGAUGACGAUGAUGAUGAUGAUGACGAUGAUGAUGAUGAUGGGGAUGAUGGUGAUGACGAUAAUGGUGACAGUGACAACACUGAUGCCAGUGAUGAUGAUGAUAAUGAGGAUGAUGAGGAUGAAGAUGAGAAUGAUGAGGAUAAAGAUGAUGAUGAUAGCUAUUCAGAUUAGAGUUGUUAGACAGCACAGAAACAUUGCAAUGUGCUUCUUACAUUAAUUUGGUUGAAAAUGCUAAAACAAUGUGUGUGCUAAAGCAGACAGGUGACAGAAGAACACCUCAGCCAAACAUGUGACCCUCCACUGAUGAUCCUAUCAUAUUAAUUCUGCUGUCGGUCAUUUUAGUUUAUUUUGUGCAUUUUUAUUUUUGGUGAACAUUUAACAGAUGAUGUUUGUUUGUCUUUUAAUUUGUAACUCAAUGUAUUAUUCUUAAUGUCUUCAAAUAUUUUUAUCUAUAAAGAAGGAAUUGUGUUUAGAUUUACUGCUAAUUUUAGUUGCUUUCUCGUUUUGGGUUAAUGUGUUGAAAUGACUUCAUAUGAGUCACAAGGUUUUGCUGCAGAUGUGUAAGAAAACAUCUGUGAUGUUGCCACUUGAGACAGAAAUAAAAUGUGUGUCUGUGAUAGA